AUGGCUUCUAUUUACACAUACGACAACUCCAAAACUCUGGCACACGGUCUUGCCCAAUACAUUGUCGCCGAACAGGACAAAGCGCUCGAAAAGGGCAAACGUUUCAAUAUCGCUGUAAGCGGAGGCUCGCAGCUUAAAGCGCUCAACGCAGGUCUAAUUCAGGACCCUCAAUUCAAAGACAAGAUCCAAUGGUCUCACUGGCAUGUUUAUUUCUGCGACGAGAGAAUUGUGGCACUUGAAAACGAUGAUAGCAACUAUGGUGGUUUCAAAAAACAAGUGUUAGACCCAUUGCUCAGCGUAGACGGUGCUUUGGGCCCAACUUGUUACGCAAUCAAUGAAUCGCUAGUGGGAUUAUCCGAAAACGACCGGGUGGCCGCAGAAUAUGAGUCAUUGUUGCCAGACCAUUUCGAUCUCAUCUUACUGGGUUGUGGACCAGACGGGCACACUUGUUCUUUGUUCCCAGGCAAAACUCACGAAUAUUUGUUGCAGGAGAGAGAAAAAAGAGUUGCAUGGUGCCAUUCUUCGCCCAAGCCUCCUGCUGACCGUAUCACUUUCACGCUACCAGUCUUGGAAUCAGCACAGGCGCUAUGUUUUGUAGCAGAAGGUGCUUCCAAACAGCCCAUUCUGGAGCGUGUUUUUGAAGGCCAUGACACUACUCUUCCUGCUGGACUUGUCACCGAACACUACCAAUCCUCUGUGUCUUGGUUUGUGGACGCCGCCGCAGUUAAGGACGUAUCCAUCAAGAAGGAAACGUAUUCUGGAAAUUAA